AUGUCAUUCGAAUACAUGAAUCAGUCAACCAUUUAUGAUGAUGCAGUCAUUAAAAGUUUUAAUGUCUGUGUUGCUUUUAAGGAUCGGUUUUCCUCCACUAAUGGAAUGGACUGGGAUAGAACAGGAGAGGUUAUGGUAAACUCCUCAUUUGAUAAGACUCUAUACAUAUAUUCAGUCAACAAAUCAUGUGUCACAAACGUACUUCAAAGUAAAAAACACGGAGUUGAGCUGGUUAAAUUCACAAAUGAAGGACCAAGACAUAUUUUAUGUUCAUCUGGGAAAGAAUCACCUAACGUAUCCGUUAGACUUUGGGACAUUGUAGAGAAUCGAUAUGUAAAAAGCUUUUCACUAAAUACACACUUGUCCAGAGGGGUGGGGAUAGUUUCUCACCCGAAUAGAACUAUGAUGAUUACUAACGGUUGCGAUGGGACCGUCUCUGUGUACGCACUCGAUAACACAACACCAAUAAUGACAUAUACAAGUUCCGGUACAUCAGUGGCUUCCUUUGAUUAUGACGGCAUGAUAAUAGGAAAGUAUUCUGGAUCAGGUUCCAGUUCAAAGACAUUCUCACUAUAUGACCUAAACAAACUACAGUCUCCAUUUAAAACGUUUGAUAUCUCUAAUGUACUGAAAAGGACUGAAGAAGUUAAUAGUGUGUUGUUCAACCCUAACGGAAGGUUUGCGGUCUUGGGGACUAAUUUUAGACGACUGGUGUGCGUAAAUACAGUAAACGGGUCGGCUAUUUUCGCAUCCUGUUAUGGAGAUAUACCAGCGUCAAAAUCAUCAGAGUCUGACAUAUGCUACCCUGCAAUCUCUCCAGAUGGGAAAUAUCUUAUCUCAGGGUGCUCAGAUAAUACUAUAAGGGUUUGGAACUUCAAAGGUCAGCUUAUUUCAACCCUCAAAGGCCAUGAAGGGCCACCUGCAUUCGUGUCAUUUAAUCCCCGAAAAGCUCUGAUAUCUUCAGCUUGUAUAAAAGUAGCAUGGUGGAUGCCUAGCUUGAAAAUUGGAAUUGAGGAAUAAAAUGUUAUUAGAUUUCUGUUAAAUUGAGAAACUCCAUGAAAUAAUAUAAUCAACCAUCUAACCUCAGAUUUUUGUUUAAUUUCAAUAAUAGUAAUAUAAUCGGAUCCAUA